AAAGAAGAGUCGGAAGAGGAAGCAGAAGUACAGCCGAAAAAGAAGUCCCGUGGACGUCCUUCUAAGAAGGCCAAAGAGGAAUCCGAUGAAGACCAGUACAAGGAUGUACCUGAAGAUGAAGACGAUAAGGACGAUGAGGAUGAAGAUGAUGACGAUGACGGACCAAGAAAAGUUGAGAUCAUCCCGUUGGAGAAGCUGAGAGAUACGGGAGGCGUAGAAUACGAAGAUCACAAGGUGCACAACAACACCAUGCUGUUUCUGCGGGACUUGAAGGCGAACAACAAGAGGCCGUGGCUGAAAGCACACGAUGGAGAGUACAGGAGAGCGUUGAAAGACUGGCAGUCGUUUGUCGAAACAACAACGCAGACUCUCAUCGAGGUCGAUGAGACUAUCCCUGAAUUGCCCGCAAAGGACGUCAUCUUUCGCAUUCACCGUGAUAUUCGCUUCAGCAAAGAUCCUACCCCGUACAAGCCUCACUUCUCCGCUGCUUGGUCCCGCACAGGUCGUAAAGGCCCCUACGCGGUGUAUUACAUCCACUGCGAGCCCAAGGCGACCUUCAUCGGCGGCGGUCUCUGGCAUCCUGAGGCGGCGCACGUGGCAAAGCUGCGGCAGAGCAUCGACGAGACGCCCGAGAGGUGGCGACGAGCCUUUAACGAUGCGCUCUUCAAGAAGGAGUUUUUCCCUGCGGUAAAGGCCAAGGAUGGGGUCGAGGGCGUGGUUAAUGCUUUUGUGGGGAAGAAUCAAGAAAAUGCUCUGAAGAAGAAGCCAAUGGGCUACGAAGUCACACAUCGCGAUAUUGAACUCCUCAAGCUCCGAAAUUACACUGUCGGGACCAAGAUUGACCACGGAUUGUUGACUGGUGACGAUGCGCAAGCGAAACUCAAGGAGAUACUGAGAGGCCUGUCCCCUUUUGUUAAUUUUCUUAAUAGCAUUGUUAUGCCUGAUCCUAAUCUCGAUGACGACGAGAGCGACGACGAAGACGGCGACGGGGGCGAGGAUGAGCAUAGCGGUGGUGAAGAAGAAGACGAAUAAUGAGUCCGAGUGGCUGUUGAGUUCUGCGGCUUGGAUACCUAUCAUUUGGGGAAGUGAUGUAUCAUACAUGUUCAAAUGCAGGGAUGACGCUGCAUUUAUAUCUUAGAGGCAAUUGGGUAGAUGACUCAAUCUGACAAGCUGCAUGUUGUCUAAGCAACAAACCGGGCAAUUC